CUGGGUAGGAGACUGAGGGGUAAGACUGUCCUGGGUGGGUGCCUGGGUAGGAGACUGAGGGGUUGACUUCCCGGGUGGGUGCCUGGGUAGGAGACAGAAGUGUAGAUUGUCACUGGUUUAAACUGACUUUGUAUCUAACUUUGCUGUGGAUCAAUGGAAUGGCUACUACCUUUAUUUACUGUGCUCUGUACAGGGACUCCAGCUGGUGCUUGGUUACGGCAUGUGCUAGAAUCUCACUCUUUGCUUUCACCUGUAAAGCUGGGUGAUAGAUAAAUGUACUCCUUCCAGUUACUAUGGAGCACACAAGCUCAUGAUCACUGUAUGGUAGAUAUGUAGCCUGUAUUUCUGACUUAUGGUGAAUUAGGUAAUUGUUAUAAAUAAAACAUGGUGACUGUGUAAAUCAUUAACAGUAAGCUCUCAGGUGUAUCUCGGGAGAUUUGUCUUCAGUGGAUUUCUAAACAGAUUAUCUCAUGCCAUAUACCAUUCAUUUAUCAAACAUACAGGUUUUUUUUAAACUUUUAAUCUAUGUAAAGAAUUUGAACAAACAUUGUAAAACAUUCAUGAUCAGUGAUUUAAUGUGUGAAGAACUAAAUGUUGGUUUAGAAUAAGCAGAGACAUACUGCCGAUGAGAACCAGCUAGACUGGUUGUAAUUCUGCUGUAAUUAUGAGUAUUGAUCCGACCCCCGAGAUGUAUGCCUCUGCCUAUGAGCACUACAACAGGAGUCUUAAGAUGAUGUGUUUCAGCGCCUGGGUGCAGUACUCUCUGCGUAAAAAGAAAAAAAUGAAGAAGAUGUCAUUACAAAUGGAGCGGGCAGAGAGACAUCGUGCACAGAAGGUGAUGAGGGUACAUCUGGACGAGUGGAAGGACUGGGUGAAGUACAGAAAAGGGUGCCAGGCCAUGUCAUACCAGAAGAUAAAGAAGAUAUACAAUAUCUCCAUUGGGAAGGUGAUCUUUAAGGAGUGGCAUGAAACCACAGUACGGGCCAAGAACCAGAGGGAAUACUUCGAGGCUAAGAUGGCGGUCAUUAGACUGAACCGCAAUCCCUUUACGGGUGUGAAAUUCAAGAAAAUGAAAUUCCCAAAACCUAAACUUGAGCGUGGUGAGAAUAUGGAAGAUGACGAGACGUUCGGCCAGGGAACAGGGGAGGCCCGGGAUAGCAUCUCACAUCUCCGAGACAUCGGGUUCGGCGAUCUUGCUGUCAGGAUCUUCAGUUUUGUAGACAUAGCCGAUUUGGCACGGUGUUCCCGAGUGUGUCGGUCCUGGAAGGUGAUCACCCAGACACCUGCUCUGUGGAGUCGGCUGGAUUUCUACAAAGUCAGAAACAGAAUGCUAUAUGGUGUGACUGACCAGAUAACUACCCGCCUCCUGGCUAAGUGUAGGCCAUAUCUCAUUCACCUCAACCUUCGAGGAUGUGUCAAAAUCACUGAGCCCACCUUUGUCAGUAUUAGUGAGUGUCGUAACCUUCAGGACCUCAACCUCUCGGAGUGUAAGGGUCUUAAUGAUGAACACAUGAAAGUGGUUGCCAAAGGAUGUAAAAUUCUGUUGUACCUAAAUAUUUCUCAUACUGGUGUCACAGACGCAAGUCUUCGAACCAUUUCAAAGUACUGCGCCAACCUCCAGUUCCUCAGUAUGGCCUCAUGCUGCAAGUACACAGACAAGGGUCUCCAGUAUCUGGCAUCAGGAAAAAGUAAUAAGAAGCUGGAAUACCUGGAUCUCUCUGGCUGUCUGCAGGUGACUCCGGAGGGCUUCCAGAACCUGGCCUCUGGUUGUUCAAACAUACAUACCCUCAUCCUCAAUGACUUUGCAACAUUAAAUGAUGACUGUCUUAAACCCAUCACUGCCAAGUGCUUUAAGUUACAAAAUAUUUCCAUACUGGGCUCUCCGCUGCUUACUGAUGAAUCCUUCAGACGUUUAGCCCAACGUGGAAAACUAAAGAAACUCCGAAUAGAGGGUAACCAUAGAAUAUCUGACCAGAGUCUGAAGGUGAUUGGGAAGAACUGUACCCAGCUGGAGCACAUCUAUGUGGCGGACUGUCAGAAACUCACUGACCUGUCCUUGAAGGCCCUUAGUAACUGUAAAAACUUGGUCGUGUGUAACGUGGCAGACGUAGUCAGGGUGACAGACAGUGGAGUUAAAGGCCUGGUGGAGGGGCCAGCCACACAGAAGAUCCGCGAGCUAAACCUCACCAACUGUAUUCGUGUUGGGGAUAUGUCACUGAUCGCCCUCAGGAAGUGCCAUUCGCUGACACACCUGAGUGUGUGUUACUGUGAACACAUAGCAGAGGCGGGAGUGGAACUGCUUGGUCAGAUACACAGUCUUACCUCCAUAGACCUGACCGGCUGUAACUGUGGCGAUAAUGGGUUAUCUGCCCUUGGCAAUAACUCUCGCCUGAAGGAUGUGACCCUGUCGGAGUGUACUUCGAUUACAGACCUGGGUCUACAGAAGUUCACCCAGCAGUGUAAGGAUAUUGAACGCCUCGACCUGUCACACUGUGUGGGAAUUACUGAUGGUGCAAUCAAGAACCUGGCGUUUUGCUGUAGAAUGUUGAAUGUGCUGAAUGUGGCUGGAUGUAAGCUGGUGACUAACCUAAGUAUCCAGUACCUGUCCGGAGUUUGUCACUAUCUCUACAGUCUUGACAUCAGUGGCUGUCUCCUCGUCACGGAGAAAGCAUUGAAGUAUCUGAGGAAGGGUUGUAAAAAGCUGCACAAUCUCACCAUUCUGUACUGUAAAGGGAUACCCAAAUCAUCAGCACAGAAGAUGAUGAGAAGUGUGGAGGUUGUCAGGUACAGUAAUGAGGACAUUCCCCCGUACUACGGUUAUGUGGGAUGAACAGACAAAGUGAAUCGGGGGAAACACCAGGUUAGACCUAUAGCUAAUCGGGGACAGACAACGGAGACAGAUACUCAAGCUAAUGUAAGCAAUAUUGUGCUGAGAUGUAGCUGUAAUCCCAGUGGACAGCAUUGUGUUAUCACCGGACUGAUCCCAGCGACAGACCCUUAGCACGUCAGUGUCUGUAUAAUUUAGUCUGUGAUAGUCAUCUUUGUAUUUCACUUCAGAUAGCAAAUAUCUCCACCUGCAACUAUGGCCCUCUGCACCCAUUUAUAUAUAUUCUUCAUCAAAGAUAGCAUAGACUGAUCUGUGUAUGGGAUAAUAGUAGGCUCGUUUACCACAACAUGUCACCGCUGAGUACUUGUCGGUAUAGGUGGUCUGUGCAUUCAUGUUAAUAUUCUUCUUUCAUUCCAGGUUAGAGUCUUUUGUUCUGUUUUUCCUGUAUUCUUUUAAUACAUCAAAGUGCAAAGCAUUUAUAAUGGUUUUUUAAUAUUGAACCAAAGACUACUGGUUUUCAUCCAAAAGAUACAUUAAUUGAGCCAAAUAGCAAUGUUGUUUUUCAGUAUAAGUUAAAUAAAUAUACAGCACUAGUACUGCCAGCUGAAAGAACAGUGACUUUGAUGUAACACACAUACUAGUGAU